GUGGUAGAAGGCUUGAUGAUAUCUGGGAAUAUGUGAAUAAAGGAGAACCAUUAGGUGGUGGUCACUAUAAAGCAUCAUGCAAGUGGUGUGGAGGAGGGUGGACAAGAGGAAGACUGCAAGACAUGAAAGUGCAUUUAGCAAGAAUCUGUGAAGAUGUCCCAGAAAAUAUAAAAAUCUUAUGGCAUAAUUAUUUAGCCAAAAACACUUCAUCUAAUACUAAAAAUAAACAAACCAAUUAUUACCAGGAAAAAUUACCUGGAUUUCUUUUGGAGUCAGAAGCUGCACAGAUAGAACAAAAAGUUGAGUUUGAGCUUGAUAAUGAAGAAAAUCUUACAUUGAGUAUAGGUGUUGAUGGAGAUUUAAAUAGUAAUAAAACUUUAAAAAAUGAAAGAGUUGUUAAUAAGCCAAUUAUGAAAUAUUUUUGUAGUUGUGUGUAUGUUGCAGCUACAAGAAAAGCAUCAGAUGAAAUAGAAACUCCAACAGAUGAGGAAUUGAUGAAUGUACAAGUAAAUGGUUUGGUUGUACAUCUUUCAGGUGAUCACUCUCUUUGUUGGCCUGAGGUGUGUUGGUUGAAGGACAACCCAGAAUUGGAGCUUGUUGAACCUAAUUUAUUAAAACAUACAAAUUCUGAGAAAGAAGACCUUAGAAGAAUAUUGAAACUAUAUUUUACUUCACCAACAAGACAAAGUCUGGCAUGCCAUGCUGUUGCAAUUUUAGAACAUAAUGAGGGUAUAUUAGAAUUGAUUGAGAUUGCAAGAAAAAUAAAAGGACUUCCAAUCCUUUCAGAAAAUGAUAUUAAAAAUAUAGAAAAAAUUGCACUUACACAUGACACCCAAAGAUCUAGAAAUUUACAAAAUAUUCAUGGAAGGAAUGCUGCCAGAGAAAACAAUCAAUUAACAAGUAAUAGACAGGUUCAGAAAAUUGACCAGGUGAAUUUAAUCCAAUCUGCACUAUCCAUAAUCUAUCAGUAUCCAAAAUUUAGAGAACUUCAAGAGGAAGGCAUAAAAUCAUUUGUUCCUAAUAAUGACACAAUGAUUUUAUUACCUACUGGUGGUGGCAAAACAUUAUGUUAUUCUAUUUCUGCAUUAAUUGGAAAAGGUUUAACUGUGGUAUUUUCUCCAUUAAAGGCUUUAAUUGAUGAUCAAUUGGCCAAAGCCAUUCUUGCUGGCAUUCCAAGUGCUGGGAUAUAUGCUACAACAGGACAGUCAUCAGGAUAUCAAUCUAAAGUAUUUGAAGAAAUUGCAGCAAGAUUUACUAAAAUACUUUUUGUAACUGCUGAAAAAUUCAACCUGAAUCCAAGCUUUAGGGCAAUGUUAAAAAGAAUUUAUGAACAACAAGGACUUUGCUUUGUAAUAGAUGAGGCACACUGCAUAGUAGCAUAUGAAAAUUUCAGUUUUGCUCAACCAGAAAUUAGAAUUGAAGUACAACUAAAAGGACAAAAACAAAAAUUACUGUUGGAAAUUAUAGAUUUAAUUGAAGAUGUAAUUGAGGGAAAGGUUAUAAUAUACUGUGCUACUCCACAUAGUUGUGAAGAAAUUUAUGAUGAACUUGCCAAAAAACUUGCACCUGAUUCUCUAAGUAUGUACCAUGGAAACAUUGAUGGAACUUCUAAAAAGCAAGUGAUUCAAGAAUAG